AUGCCAGUGGUGGGCAAGGAGAAGGUAACAUGGAUGAAGUUGACGACGAAACCUCUUGAUAAGGAGAAGAACUUCAGUAAAGUUAAGAGGGCUCUUUGUAGCCUGACUCAAAUAAAAGACCAACGGUUCGACGAUAACGAAACAGUCACGAUCAAAGUGGUUUGUUGCAGUCCUGAAAAAGUUGCGGACAAACUCUGCAAAAACGGAGGUGGAGCUAUCAAGAAGAUCGAGUAUGGUAUCGAAAACCCUAUGGCACCAAAGCCUAAGGCACCUGAAAAGCCUAAAGAAGGUGACAAACCUAAAGACGGUGACAAGCCUAAAGAAGCAGAGAAGCCAAAACCAGCUCCAGCAGCUUCGAGUUCUCAAACAAUGAUCUAUAAUUCAGAGCCGGGUCACCCGAUGUAUGGUGGGUCUUACAACGGCUAUUACCAAGAAUAUGGGUCUUACCCGGAGACGCAGUGGGGUCAGCCGAUGUAUAAUGGAUAUCCUUCAAGACCCAUUUAUGAUAGCUAUGGAGGUGGAGGUGGAGGUUGGAAAGAAGAUGAGACCGGCUCAUCUUGCACUAUUAUGUGAAGUCUUGAUAUCACACACAUUAUUACCUAUCUAACUAGUUUAUUUAAUUUAGGCUUUUUAAAAUGUUUUAUUUCAUUGUUUACAAUACACUAACGAUGCUUCUUUAAUUAUAUCACAUCUAAUAAAAUAUUAGUAUACAUAUACAACUGCUCAUAGUGAUCCUAGGAAACCAAAUAUAUUACAUACAUCAUCCUGAAAAAUCAACCUUGAUGGAUGUAUAUGUUAUUGAUUAGUCCAAUGCCAUUUUCCUUUGGAGCUCAUGAUAUCCAUUAUCUAAAAGACACUUCCCUCUCUAUGCAUCCCGACUCCUAACAAACACUGCAACAAGAUCACAGAGGGUUUAAGAUUAUGCAUCAGUAAUAUUUAGGAAAGAGGGCUAGAGAAAAUAUAAAAAGGUUAAGUGUUCAUAAAUUCACUUCCGUUUUGUGAAGUCUUACGAUGUUUACUAUCUUUUUUUUAACGCUUAGUGCCUUCAGUUUUUUAAAAAUGGAAUAAGCCGAGGCUUAUACAAACAGAGUAUUGUAGCAGAAACAGAACAUGAAGCCAGGGUACCAGUAGAUCGAUCCCUAAAACAAAGAAAAGAGCAUAGUAAAAAAUUCAAAGUGCCAAUCAAGAGGAAGGCAGGAGAGUGACAUAAUUGGAGAGAAGCAUCCUAGGAGACUGCGUCACGUAUCAUCCUCCACAUCCCUCACAAGCAGGGAACGUAACCAAGAUGGUCCAUCACGAGCUAUAUAAGACUGAUAACGGUAAUCUCUGCUGACACUAACAGCUAUUUCACGUGCACAACGAGUUCCUUAUCUCGGAUAGCUGUAAGCAUAGUCUGGUAUUGAGGAAACUUCCCAGGAUUGAGGAUUACUUAACCAGCAAGGUAGG